CUCUUGGCAAAGCUGCUUGAAACUUCUCCCAAAGUCGACAUGGAUCCAGCCGCGGCGGCGCUGCCCGCGCUGGUGGCGCUCUGGCUCCUCGCGCCGUGGCCUCUGCUGGGGUCGGCCCGCGGCCAGUUCUCCGCAGGUGGCUGUACUUUUGAUGAUGGUCCGGGGGCCUGUGAUUACCACCAGGAUCUAUAUGAUGACUUUGAAUGGGUACAUGUUAGUGCUCAAGAACCUCAUUAUCUGCCACCUGACAUGCCUCAAGGUUCCUAUAUGAUAGUGGACUCUUCAGACCACGACCCUGGAGAAAAAGCCAGACUUCAGCUGCCUACAAUGAAGGAGAAUGACACGCACUGUAUUGAUUUCAGUUACCUGUUAUAUAGCCAGAAAGGGUUGAACCCUGGCACUUUGAACAUAUUAGUUAGGGUGAACAAAGGACCUCUUGCCAAUCCAAUUUGGAAUGUGACUGGAUUCACGGGUAGAGAUUGGCUUCGGGCUGAGCUAGCCGUGAGCACCUUUUGGCCCAAUGAAUAUCAGGUAAUAUUCGAAGCCGAAGUCUCAGGAGGGAGAAGUGGAUAUAUUGCCAUUGAUGACAUCCAAGUAUUGAGCUAUCCCUGUGAUAAAUCUCCUCAUUUCCUCCGCCUGGGGGACGUAGAGGUCAAUGCAGGACAGAACGCCACAUUUCAGUGUAUUGCUACAGGGCGAGAUGCUGUGCAUAACAAGCUAUGGCUGCAGUUUAACAAGACAGUUCGAAGCUUGUGGCCAGAUAAGCCUCUGGGUGGUCCUGGUAUCACCCAGGAGAAUCAUCUGGGGUCACGGAACAGGAAACCACCAAGACCCAUUGCUCCUCCCCAGCUGCUUGGUGUUGGGCCUACAUAUUUGCUGAUCCAGCUAAAUGCCAACUCCAUCAUUGGCGAUGGUCCCAUUAUCCUGAAAGAAGUGGAGUACAGGAUGACAUCAGGUUCCUGGACGGAAACCCACGCAGUCAACGCUCCAACCUAUAAGUUAUGGCAUUUGGAUCCAGACACUGAAUAUGAGAUCCGCGUUCUACUUACCAGACCUGGUGAAGGUGGAACGGGGCUCCCAGGACCUCCGCUGAUCACCAGAACCAAAUGUGCAGAACCUAUGCGAACCCCCAAGACUUUAAAGAUCGCUGAGAUCCAGGCCAGGCGCAUUGCCGUGGACUGGGAAUCCUUGGGUUACAACAUUACCCGUUGCCACACUUUUAAUGUCACUAUCUGCUACCACUACUUCCGUGGUCACAACGAGAGCAAGGCAGACUGCUUGGACAUGGACCCCAAAGCCCCUCAGCAUGUUGUGAACCAUCUGCCACCUUAUACGAACGUCAGCCUCAAGAUGAUCCUCACCAACCCAGAAGGCAGGAAGGAGAGUGAAGAGACGAUUAUUCAAACUGACGAAGAUGUGCCUGGUCCUGUACCUGUCAAUUCUCUUCAAGGAACAUCCUUCGAAAAUAAGAUUUUCUUGAACUGGAAAGAGCCUCUGGAUCCAAAUGGAGUCAUCACCCAAUAUGAGGUUAGCUACAGCAGCAUAAGAUCUUUUGAUCCCGCAGUUCCAGUGGCUGGACCUCCACAGACUGUAUCGAAUUUAUGGAACAGCACACACCAUGUCUUUAUGCAUCUCCAUCCUGGAACUACAUACCAAUUUUUCAUAAAAGCCAGCACCGUCAAAGGCUUUGGGCCAGCCACAGCCAUCAAUGUGACAACCAAUAUCUCAGCUCCAACACUGCCUGACUAUGAAGGAGUUGAUGCCUCUCUCAAUGAAACUGCCACCACAAUAACUGUAUUGUUGAGACCAGCACAGGCCAAAGGUGCCCCUAUCAGUGCUUAUCAGAUUGUGGUGGAGGAGUUGCACCCACACCGAACCAAGCGAGAAGCGGGGGCCAUGGAAUGCUACCAGGUUCCCAUCACCUACCAAAACGCCAUGAGCGGGGGUGCGCCCUACUACUUUGCGGCUGAGCUGCCCCCCGGGAAUCUUCCUGAACCUGCCCCCUUCACAGUGGGGGACAACAGGACCUAUCAGGGCUUUUGGAACCCCCCUCUGGCACCACGCAAAGGAUACAACAUCUAUUUCCAGGCAAUGAGCAGUGUGGAGAAGGAAACUAAAACCCAGUGUGUACGAAUUGCUACAAAAGCAGCAGCAACAGAAGAACCAGAAGUGAUUCCAGACCCGGCCAAGCAGACAGACAGAGUGGUGAAAAUAGCAGGAAUUAGUGCCGGAAUUUUGGUGUUCAUCCUCCUCCUCCUGGUUGUCGUAUUGAUUGUAAAAAAGAGCAAACUCGCCAAAAAGCGCAAGGAUGCUCUGGGGAACACCCGGCAGGAGAUGACUCACAUGGUGAAUGCUAUGGACCGAAGCUAUGCGGAUCAGAGCACUCUGCACGCCGAAGAUCCUCUCUCCAUCACCUUCAUGGACCAACAUAAUUUUAGUCCAAGAUUGCCCAAUGAUCCACUUGUGCCGACCGCUGUGUUAGUCCCUAUAACUGAUGAGAACCACAGUGCUACAGCAGAGUCCAGUCGCCUUCUGGAUGUACCUCGCUACCUCUGUGAGGGGACAGAAUCCCCUUACCAGACGGGACAGCUGCACCCAGCCAUCAGGGUGGCCGAUUUACUGCAGCACAUUAAUCUCAUGAAGACAUCAGACAGCUAUGGGUUCAAAGAGGAAUAUGAGAGCUUCUUUGAAGGACAGUCAGCAUCUUGGGAUGUAGCAAAAAAAGACCAAAAUAGAGCAAAAAACCGAUAUGGAAACAUCAUAGCAUACGAUCACUCCAGAGUAAUUUUGCAACCUGUCGAGGAUGACCCUUCUUCAGAUUACAUUAAUGCCAACUAUAUAGAUAUUUGGCUGUACAGGGAUGGCUACCAGAGACCAAGCCACUACAUUGCAACUCAAGGCCCAGUUCAUGAAACAGUGUAUGAUUUCUGGAGAAUGAUCUGGCAAGAACAGUCUGCCUGCAUUGUGAUGGUUACAAAUUUAGUUGAGGUUGGCCGGGUUAAGUGCUAUAAGUAUUGGCCUGAUGAUACUGAAGUUUAUGGUGACUUCAAAGUAACUUGUGUAGAAAUGGAACCACUUGCUGAAUAUGUAGUUAGGACUUUCACCCUGGAAAGGAGGGGGUACAAUGAGAUUCGUGAAGUUAAGCAGUUCCAUUUCACCGGCUGGCCUGACCAUGGAGUGCCCUACCAUGCGACAGGGCUGCUUUCCUUUAUCCGGCGAGUCAAGUUCUCCAACCCUCCCAGUGCCGGCCCCAUCGUGGUGCAUUGCAGUGCCGGUGCUGGGCGAACUGGCUGUUACAUUGUGAUUGAUAUCAUGCUGGACAUGGCUGAAAGAGAGGGCGUGGUUGACAUCUACAACUGUGUCAAAGCCUUAAGAUCUCGUCGUAUCAAUAUGGUCCAGACAGAGGAACAGUACAUUUUUAUUCAUGAUGCCAUUUUAGAAGCCUGCUUAUGUGGAGAAACUGCCAUACCUGUCUGUGAAUUUAAAGCUGCAUAUUUUGAUAUGAUUAGAAUAGAUUCCCAGACUAAUUCUUCACAUCUCAAAGACGAAUUCCAGACCUUGAAUUCAGUCACCCCUCGACUACAAGCCGAAGACUGCAGCAUAGCAUGCCUGCCAAGGAACCACGACAAGAACCGUUUCAUGGACAUGCUGCCACCUGACAGAUGUCUGCCUUUUCUAAUUACAAUUGAUGGGGAGAGCAGUAACUACAUCAAUGCUGCUCUUAUGGAUAGCUACAGGCAACCAGCUGCUUUCAUCGUCACACAAUACCCUCUGCCAAACACUGUGAAGGACUUCUGGAGAUUAGUAUAUGAUUAUGGCUGUACUUCUAUUGUGAUGUUAAAUGAAGUCGACUUGUCCCAGGGCUGCCCUCAGUACUGGCCAGAAGAAGGGAUGCUACGCUAUGGCCCUAUCCAAGUGGAAUGUAUGUCUUGUUCAAUGGAUUGUGAUGUGAUAAACCGGAUUUUUAGGAUAUGCAAUCUAACAAGACCACAGGAAGGGUAUCUGAUGGUGCAGCAGUUUCAGUAUCUAGGGUGGGCUUCUCAUCGAGAAGUGCCAGGCUCCAAACGAUCAUUUUUGAAACUGAUCCUGCAGGUGGAAAAAUGGCAGGAGGAAUGCGAGGAAGGGGAAGGCCGGACGAUCAUCCACUGCCUAAAUGGUGGCGGGCGAAGUGGCAUGUUCUGUGCUAUAGGCAUUGUGGUUGAAAUGGUGAAACGGCAGAACGUUGUCGAUGUGUUCCAUGCGGUGAAGACACUAAGGAACAGCAAGCCCAACAUGGUGGAAGCCCCGGAGCAGUACCGUUUCUGCUAUGAUGUGGCUUUGGAGUACCUGGAAUCCUCUUAGUUGGGUGAGACUUCCGGAUCCAAACAGAAGCCUGUUCAUCUGUUGAGCCAGCAGCUGCUGUAUUGUCACACCUGCGCAGAAAGAUUUUAAUGUGGGGGGUGGGAGACUUUUACAUUCAAGAGGUAAAAGUAUUUUUCUUAUGAAGUCGUGUAUCUUAAUAAAAAGGACUCAAUUAGUUUCUAUUACUGUAUGAAAGCAUCAACAUUUCGUGCCACAUAAACUAUAUUUAAUAAGAACCAAA